AUGAAGUCCGCUUUCUUGAAUCCACUGGCGAGGGAGGCGACCACUGCUGCCAGUGCUCCCAGCUCACACGGCACGCAGCACCGCAGCUCCCUCCCUCGCCUCAAGACUGAAAACCCGACCCCAACCCCUUCCAGCACUAACGGCACAGGCACUUCCACCGGCCUCGGGAUCAAAGCGUGGAUGCCGGCGUUGCAACCCCCUCUACGCAGCUCUUCAUCACCGGCGCCUCCGCCGCCUCCGCCGUCGGCUGCGCAACCCUCGGCCCGCGUCUCCGCGGAGAACUCCUUUGCACAGAUCCCCGACAGCGCUACCCCGCGCUCUUCCUUCACCACGGCUGAGCACACCUCAAGCACCCGUCGACGACGGCCACAGCCGAAGCGACUUUCCCCACAAGCGGCCUCGUUGCCAUCCCCGCUGUCGCCGCCCGCCCCCCGUGAGACGCCGCUGCGCACCGGCUUCUUGGCUGCGCAGCUGCCUUUUCUGUCUGCCACGGGUGGGGUGGUAGAGCGCACUGCGCGAGACUGGAACGGUGAGUUUCAGGUGCUGUGGACGGAGCAGCUGCACGGCGACGUCAGCGGCUACAACCGCGUCGACGCCCUCAAGGCGUUUCUUGAGGAGUUCGAGAGCCACGCAAGGGACCUGGCGAGGAUGCACAUGGCGGCGCCGGAGGACGCCCGUGCGACCUCUUUGGGCAGCGUUGCCGGGAAAGCAGCCGUCGCCGCACAGCCGUUUCUGCGGUACGGCAAUCUGUUUGUGUACGUGUGGCCGGAGGCAAAGUGGGGGCUGUGGAUGCAGCGCAGUCAUCGAGCGCUGCUGGAGUGUCGCGUGCCGCACGUUGCCGCGCCGCUGACGGCUACGUUCCGAUUUUUUAACGACGUCGUGACGGUGGCGGCGGCGGUGCCGUUCGACCGCACGAAGACGCCGGAGUACACCGGCAACGGCCGCGGCGAUCCGGUAGUGCACACACCUCUGCAGGAGCAUCUCAGCAUGGUACGAGCAGCUCUCAACCUUGUUCCUGAUGAGGACAACAGCGUGAGCGGCAGCCAGGCGGGGCCGAGCAGUGGUGCGGAGAAGGGAGAUCUUCAUAAACCUCAACAAAAGAUUCGGGGGGUGGAGGUGCGAGAAGGGAUGGACAUGCGGCUGUACUUUAUGAACUGCAUGGGCCUGCUGCCACCGCUCUUCACAUCCGAUGGCAAGCCCCUCACCUUGCGACGGUGGCGGCAUCUCCUCCAGCAUCCCCCCGCACCGUGGGGCAGCGCUGCAGCUGUCGACAUGUACAAGCGAGACAGCGCCGCAACCGCGCUGCAGUAUCUCCCGCCGGUACUCGAGCUGCCCACGGAGAAGCGCAAUGCACGUCUGGUGGAGUUGCUGCACGACAGCGGGUGGAACGUGUGUCUGCUCGGCCUCAUCGCCCUGGCGCUGCUGUCCAACCCCAGGGAAGAGCUGGAGGACAUCACGGAGCCGCUGCUGCAGGUGGUCUGCACCGAGAUGCUGGCCCGUGCGGUGCGACGUGCGAUGUUUUGCUCCAUGAAGCAGGAGCACGCGACGCCGGCAGUGAAAACGGUCAACGCCUACCUGGAGCGUGCAGCCGGCUCGAUCAUCAGCGGCGCCUCUGAGCGCUUCAACGAGAGUUUACUGCCGCUGCUGAAGGACAUUUUCUGGUGGGACGACGCCGCCGACGUGACACCGCUGGCGGAUCGACUGAAGCACGCGCUGCGGAAAGAAACGACGCUUCUUAUCAAGCGCAUUUGCCAAUUGAGUGGCCUGCAGGUAAUGCGGGGAACCGUCACGGAGGUGCUGUGCACGCCCUCCCACCACAACUACAGCACCUUGUUCAGCCCGCCGCACAGGGCCUUCCUCAACACUCUCGUCAAGGACACGUCUGCGUACCCGUGCGCGUUUACCUGCGCCUUCCUCGUGCCGCUGCGCAUCCGCUUCUUCUGCCGCAACGGACGGAUGGCAGAGGCGUGGAGGGAGGUGCUGCGGCUGGUGAAGCUGCGCGGUCACAACCUGGGCGAGAAGUUUCUGAAUGCGGAGGCGUGGACGACGGCCGCCAUCCUUGCCGCCCACUGCGGUCGCGAGGAGGACAGCGCCGUGCUGAUCGCACGAGCUGCCGGCGUCGUGAACAGCAUCCCGGCCUACUUUGUGCAGUCCACCGCGCUCCAGGUAAAGCUGCCCUCCUACCUGUACCACUUACCGAGUCAGAACGCUGUUCAAGUUGCGCACGCUUCUCUUUUAAUUAAGCAGGGCAAGCUGGAGACGGCGGAGGAGCUGCUGGAGGAGGCGCUGCGACUGCCCGAUGUGUUUGACUCGGAGCGGCAGUACUUUCUCGGUCACCUGCGCCAGCAGGCGAUGAUCGGCCUCUUUACCAUCGCCACCCGCGCCGACGCGGACAAGGUGAAGCAGUUUGAUGCGCAGUGGAGCAACGAGCUGCGAUCGAUGGCGCCGACGCUGCAGGGCGCCUCCAUCAGCGAGCUCUUCGGGUCCCUCUUCUUCGAGCGCGGCAUGUUUUCCAACGCAGUGGGGCGGCUCUGGGAAUGCCUCGAGACAACGGAGCAGCUGCUCGGACCCACCGCGCUGCGGGUCGGCGAGGUGCUGAACAAACUCGCGUACGUGUACUACUGCUGGGAUGCGCGGCAGUACGGCCUCUUCUGCUCCUGCAUUCUUCACCGCGCGGAGGAGAUUAUGAAGGAGCGGGCCGGGCCGUUUUCUGCGCUGCACCUCAGCGUGGUAGAGAACAUCAUCUCCCUCUUUAUUCAGCGCGGCAUGUUUGUGGAGGCCUCGCAGCGGCUGCACGAGCUGCGCACGCUGCCGGCGCGCUACACCGCCCACGUCUCCCGCGAUCACCCGGUCAUGUCUCGCAUUGUGGAGAUCGAAGCGAGGCUGCGCGGCGAAUUUCGCCCCUUCGCCAUCGCCAUCAUUCGCCGCUGCUGGCGGGAGCACCACAGCCGUGUGCUGGUGCGCGCUGAGUGCGAGCGCAACGUGCGGGAGAUGCAACGGGUCGGGCGGGCCUACUUGGUGCGCCGCAUGAUGGUCCAACUCUACUACGGCACCAUCACUCCAGAGGUCAUCGCGCAGCGUGCACAGACGUACUCCAUGCUGAGCUUCUCCCGCCCCAUUGUGGCUGCGUCCGCCUUGCUGGACAAGGACGAGCGGCACUGGAACUCGGAGGCACAGCAGCUGCGCCUCUUCACUGUUGCGUGGGACCGGUUGGAGCUGCUGACGCUGAUGGACGCCGUGAAGCGAGUGGAGGACGAGUUUGAAGCCGCGGCAAAAAGUUAUUUGCUCGAUAUGCGGCGUGGGGCGCAGCGGGGAGUGCCGGUGGCUGACUGCAGCACCUCCGUUGUGCUGCACAACAUGGUCUUCACCCAAGUUCCCGCCCAGCACCGUCUCUCCGCUCUGCAGGUGUGCAUCAUGCGCUUCCUGCGGCGACACCUUCAGUGCUUCGUGACGGCUCCCUUAAGCACCGUGGUGGAGUUCCCUGACUGCAGCUACUACGUCGAGGCGCUCCUCCCGCUGCACCACCGACCGCAAUUCAUCUUCAAAUCAGACGGUGGCCACGGCGUCCGCUACACGACCUCCGUGGAGGAGUACAUGCGCUACUUCGUGCGUCUCUUCAGCGAGGCCGGCCUUACCGCGUAUCAGGCGGAGGCGUGGCCGGGGAUCGAGAUGGUGCGGGGGGCGGAUGAGCUGUUGUACGUGACGAACGGCCUCGGCCUCCUCAGCACCGCCGUUCAUCAGCCGGAUCUGCUAGUGAGCGACGAUGUUCUUCCUCGCGAUCAGUUCCUCACGGCGUGGAACUUCUGGGCCGAGGGAAAGACGAAGGAGGUGGUGGAGAUGCUGGAGCAUACCCUGCUCCAUCAGCGGGUGACGGAGCCAGGCUCGGUGCAGAUUUUCCUCCUCACCUACUUCGCCUACGCCCGCUUCGCCCUCGGCGACGACGUUGACGCGGCGACGCGUCUCUUCCAGCGGUGCAUGACGACACUGGAGGAGAACGGCCUUCCGCUCGUGGCGGCCCUCCUUACACACACCGAGGGCCGCGCCUGGCUGCAGCGUGACGCACCGAAGCCCGCGCUGGAGAUGCUGAUGCGCUCUCUGCACCUCUUCACGAAACAAACGCGGCUGCACACCUACUACGGCUCCUUCUACCUGCUCGAGGUGGCGCGGUGGAUUCUGUUGGCGAGUGCGUCGUUGCGGGAGAUCGCCCUCGACCCGGAGGUGCUGACGUGGGUAGCGCACGCCGUCGAGUUCGGUGAGCCGACGCUGCGCCUCUUCACGACGUGUGGCCGCUUCAUCGUCUACGCUCACCUCAUCGGCGACCCGGCGCUGACGCAGCAACUCGUGAGACUGCGGGACGCGCGGGCAAAGGAGCUGCUACCGGCCGAGCGCACCCGCAUCGUCCGUGUGCUGCAGGAACAAAGCGAGGACCUGCAGCGCCGCGGCGGCACGGAGAGCUACAACGACUGCGCCUUUUUGCUGCAGACGGCGAUCCGCCUUGCCGAGGCCGGCCCGCAGGAGUCGAAGCUGCUCGGCGUGCUGCUCACGAGCUACGGGCUUCUCCUCACCACCAUGGACAAGCUAAAGGAGGCACGGCGCUUUCUGCGGCGUGCGAGCGCCAUUCUCACCAAGACGGUCAGCAGCGCCAGCCCGGAGAUGAUGACGUGGCACAAGAACAACCGCAUUCUGACCCACCGCGUGCGGGAGAACGCCAUUCGCGUGAUUCGACGCGCGGUGUGGCGGUGGAAGGGGCGGCGACGCCUGGACAAGAAGAUGGAGGAGACGGACCCGGCGGGCUACCGCACGUUGCAGGCGGUGCGCUUCCAGCGGCGCAUGAAUCGCCUCAUUGUUGUCGAGGCGACCGCCCGCGUGUUGGUGGCGGAGGUUCAGUCGGAGGACUGGUACCGCCUGCUGCGCCGCCAGGGACGGAUGCGCAAUGAGGCGAUGCUGAGGCAGACGUACGGCUCUCGGGUGCAGAUCUUCAAUGACAAGAUCCAAUCCGCCCUGCGCGAUUUGUCGGAGCUUGCGUUCGCGACGAAGGCGGUGCUGUCCGACACGGCGUGGCGCAUCCGCGGCUGCACCCUGACGUCCUUCGUCCUCGCAGGCCAUCGGCUGGAGCGGCGGGCCACCAUCGCGGAGUGGCACCGCGACCGUAUUUCCCUCAAGCUGUGGCACGUUGAGGACGUGGAUACGGUGAUUCGAGCGGAGUUCUUGGCUGCUUUCCACGGCUACGUAGCCCGCUGCGUCUCCGCCGAGGAGAGAGCGUGGCGGCGCAUUAUUCUGCGCAAUCAGAAAAGGACGAAGCGGCAGAUGGCAAAGGCGAUUACGCACGCCCUGCACCGCAAGCCGAAAAGCGCCGCGGCCGAUCUGCGGAGUCUGCUGCUGGACGAGGCGCGCAAGCGGGAGCGCAUUACGUGGAAAGAGGACGAGGACUUUCGCCAGCUCCGCGACGCCUUCAACUUUGGCCCAGUCGUGGAGGACGUGGACGACGUGGAGGUGGAGGGGGACGAGUCUGAGGACUCCUGGAAAGAGUGA